UUCAGAAACUUUUUUUUUUUUUUUAAAGUAUCCGCAGUGGAAGAUUUAAUAUCACAUGAAAACAUCAUUUACACAACAGGAAUAUGCAUGUGAUAAAAGAAUUCAUAAAGCGAGCCACUUAUAACUUAAAUACUCGAUUUGGACACAAUAAGCACGUUUCGGAGUUUACGGAAUUUAAUUCGCAAAUGUCCUUAACUUCUAUAUAUGGAAAGAUUUAUGAAAAGUCGAGCGGGAAACGGGACAUACCAAAAAGUGGAACAGAAAAAAUUAUCAGGGUCAAAAAUUUCAUCACGAUAACGUGAUCGAGAUCUAAAGGUUGAUCGUGAUUAUCAAAGUUAUACUGUUUAUUAUAUUAUUAUUAUUUUAUUGGUUUGUCGUUUAGAAAUUUG